AUGGUUGUUACUUGUCAUUUUGUGGAUUAUGAAUGGAAAUUGCAAAAAUGUAUGUUAUGCUUUCGUUCUAUUGUCCCUCCACACACUGGUGUUGUUGUUUGUGAUGAAUUAGCAAGAUGCAUAGUUGAUUGGGGUCUUGGGAAAAAGUUGAUGAGUGUCUCAGUUGAUAAUGCAAGUUAUAAUGAUGUUGCUGUGAAUUUGUUGAAAGCUAAUCUAAAUUUGAACAAUCAGAAUGCACUUGUGCUUGAUGGGAGAUUAUUUCAUGUGAGGUGUUGUGCACAUAUUUUAAAUCUCUUGGUUCAAGAUGGGCUUGGUGAAAUUAGUGAUAUAGUUUGCAAUGUGCCUGCAAGUGUGAAGCAUAUCAGUAAAAGUGUAUCUCGCCUUACUAUGUUUAGUGACAUUACUAAGCAAUUAAAUCUGUCAAAUAAAAAGCUUGUUCUUGAUGUUUGCACAAGAUGGAAUGCUACAUAUUACAUGCUUCAAGCCGCUCUAGAUUUGAAGGAUGUCUUUCCUAGAUAUCAACUAAGAGAUUCAAACUACCAUUACUUGCCAUCAGAAGAAGAUUGGAGUAAAGUCCAAACUGUUUGCACAUUUCUUGAGGUAUUUCAUUAUGUUACAAAUGUUAUUUCAGGUUGUGAGUAUCCUACUUCAAAUUUGUUUCUCCUUGAACUCACAAGUGUAAAGAAAGCUUUGUCUAGACAUGUGGAAGGUGAUAAUGAUUUUAUGAGACAAAUGGCAGCAAGAAUGAUUAGAAAGUUUGAUAAAUAUUGGGGGGACAAUAAUUUGUUGAUAUCAAUUGCAGUUAUUUUAGAUCCAAGGAAUAAGAUGACUUUGGUUGAGUGGGCUUUCCCUUUUUUUCUAUUCAGUGGAUGA